GCCGCCCAGCCUCUCAUUUCCGUCAUCACCUUUCUCUUCUCUUCUUCCUUCCAGUUGUCAACUGUCAUAGCCUGCAUUCUCCUUGAAACUUCGUACGGAAACUCUCCCACACCAGGUUCUAAGUGGAUCAUCCUCCCCCCACAGUGUACUUUAAAGAGAGAAAGAGGUCUAAAAGGAGAAAAAAGGAAAAAUCUCUCAACACUUCAUCGUCAACAAUUCCAAACUACAUCAAAGAUGUCUCCAUCACUUCAAAAUACGAUGUCGUCCAAGCGCAGGCGAUUCCAACCACCGAUAACCUCCUUCUUCCCCGCAACAACAGGAACAGAUCACCCCGAUAGCUCAUGUGCCCCUCACUUAUCUUAUACCCACUACUCCACCACCACAUCAUCCCCCACACCUGCCGUUGAUACAAAAAUCCAAGCAUCGCUACUUUCAGUCGGCAUGCGCAUCCGCAAAUCAGUCGCAGAAGGAUACAAAACUCGAAUCCCUGAUUUGGAAGACAAGCCAACUCCCUAUACAAACAAGACCCCGAUCGUCGGAGGUCCAACUGCCUAUACCGAACUGGCGCCCUUCUGCGGCAUGACGAAAUCAGGCGAAUCUGCAACCCAACCUAUGACUCAUCCUUCCUCGCUGUCCUACACUCAAAUGGAUCAACUCACAACGGACGACGGAGAUGCUUUCUCUCUCCCACCAAGCAGCCAAGGAUCAAUUGAGUCGGUCCAGACAACCGCACAGAAGCGAUCAUACGACUGUGACGAAGAUGAUCUCGAAGAGGCAUUCGAUGAAAUGCCGACUCAUCCGGGCCACAACUGGCAGAACGUCUUGGAUCCGAGUACAGGGGUGAAGUCCGUGCCUGGCCGUUCUAUCCUCACACCAAGUCUAGGACAGCAGCGACGUCAUUUUGUUGCCAUGAAGACACAAGCGACUAUCGAUGUUGAUGAUUUUGAAGAGCCCACCUUCCUUCGUAGGCGCGAAGAGGUUGACAUGGAUCUAUCAUGAAUGGAGCGAAUGUGGCUAUGGUCCAAAUGGGAGGCUGGUCUAUACUGUUCGCCAUGUUGUCUCUCACUGGACCACCCUUGUGUGGACGUGAUUGCUCACCGCGCCAUCUAAUUGCUACUAUGAGCACGGUAUGCUUAUUGGAUGGGUUCCGGUCAUUCGCCACGAGUUCCUGAACUUCUAAUUAAGUUGAGGUCGGCGUUCGGGUGUUUCCUUCUAUUAUCUCCUUGCAUAUGUUGAGAUAUCAUUUGUUACUUCUGAUUAUCGUCAAGCGAUUGUAUGUACAGAUACCCGCAUUGGUUGGACAUGGUUAUGCCAACUGUACCUUGUGAUUAUAAGAUUUAUAUCAGAAUAUUACCACUUGUAUUUAU